UUCCAAUAAAUACAUACAUAUUUUUCAUAAAACAAAACUAAUUAGCCAGUAACGUAACUGUGUGGUGUUCCGAUAUUUGUUAUUUUCAAGUCAAACACUAUCUAAAAAUAGAGAAAGUCAUUUUCGAUUCUUUAUAUAUAUAUACAUAUUACCCCAUGAAUUCUCAAUAUCUACGGAGGAAGGAAAGAAAGGGAGGGGGAGAAGGAGGGUAAAGGGGUGGCCGAGGAUGGCAAGAGCCACAAAAUUCUCGGCCAUAAUUCCUCGCGCCCUCUUCACCCGAUCGAUCUCCACGGCGUCCUCCUUCGCGGUCAAGCUCCUCGCCGCCGAGUUCCCGCCACCGCCGACCCCGCAGGUCUCGUUUGACCUCGCCGAUACCGAGCGACUCUUCGCAUCCGUCCCCACCUCCACCCUCCUCCGCUCCUUCGCCAUCCUCUCCCUCAUGGCUGCGGGUCCCGUAGUCGACCUGGGGACGGCGGCGCUGCGGGCGUCCAUGGCAAGCGGGGGCCGUCUCCUCCGGCCUGCUGCAUUGGCGGCCGCGCGCGCGACGGUGCACCGCCAGUUCUGCGCCGGCGAGGGCGCCGAGGAGGCGUCCCUCACGGUGCAGAGAAUGUGGAGCGAGGUGGGACUGCGCUCGAUCCUGGACUACGGGAUCGAGGACGCCGAGGACAGCGCCGCGUGCCAAGGCAACCUCGCUGGCUUCCUGCGAGCUGUAGAUUUAGCGGCGACGCUUCCGCCGACCUCUGUGAUAUUCGUUUGCGUAAAGAUCACAGCUCUCGCCCCCAUCUCAUUGCUAGAAAGAGUUAGCGAUCUACUGAGGUGGGAGCAAAAGGACCCAUCGUUCUCACUUCCAUGGAGGACGCAUUCGUUCCCCAUUCUCUGCCAUUCGAGUCCCCUGUUUCUCACUCCUCGCGAGCCGCAGCCUCUUUCAGAGGACGAAGAGCAGGAGCUCCAAUCAGCUCUCCGGAGAUUGUCGAUGCUCUGCGACAGAUGUGUGAAAGCCAACAUCCCUCUACUUAUCGACGCAGAGUACUCGUCGGUGCAGCCUGCAAUCGAUUACUUCACUUAUUGGGCGACAUUAGAGUCUAACAAGCAGCGCGAGCAGCCGAUAGUGUUCGGGACGAUCCAGACUUACCUGAGAGACGCGAAAGAGAGGAUGAUGAACGCGGUGGAAGCUGCGGAAGAACAGGGAGUUUCUCUGGGGGUUAAAUUAGUGAGAGGUGCGUACUUGACGAGAGAGACUAGAUUGGCAGAAUCCAUGGCUGCUCCAUCCCCAAUUCAUGGGAGUCUCCAUGAAACACACGUGUGUUUCGAUACGUGUGCUUCCUUCAUGAUGGAAAAGGUCAGCAAAGGAUCGGGUGCAGUUGUUCUUGCCACCCACAAUGUGCACUCUGGACAAGAAGCUGCGAGGAAAGCUGAGGAGCUAGGAAUCGGAAAGGAUGAUGAAAAGCUGCAAUUUGCACAGCUGAUGGGAAUGGCAGAUGGGCUAUCGCUGGGGCUCAAGAAUGCCGGUUUUAGAGUGAGUAAAUACCGGCCUUUCGGGCCGGUAGAGCAGGUUAUUCCCUACCUCCUUCGGAGAGCCGAGGAGAACAAAGGAGUCCUUUCGACCUCCUCAAACGAUAGACAACUUCUGAGGAAGGAGCUCUCGAGAAGAGUUACUGCCGCAUUUGUUGGGAGAGCUUUGAACUAAUUUUGUUUUAUUUUUUUUCCUUGGUUGAGAGAUAAAGCAGGAAAAGUUUCCCAGUUUGGUGAAAUGUGUAAACUUUAUGCAAAUAAUAUAAGCUCAAGUUAGCUAGUGUUUGCACAGAUUAUGCCAAUAA